CGUCAGCCCAUUCACUCGAGUGAGCGCUCCCCUCACCUGAGAGGCAGCUGAGCUUGCAGACAGUGUAUGAAGCAUGUUUUUACCACGAUCUGUUAAAGUCAAGAGGACUGCUGAUGGAGACAAAAGUUGUACAGCUAAGAAAAAUAAACUGUCUUCUGAAGGAUUUUUGCUAGAGGAGACCACAGAAUUCCAGGACUGUAAGUCAGUUAGAACAGAAACUUCUGCUUCAACAGACAGUUCAAGUGAAAUUGUGAAAGAACACACAGAACCUGCAGCUGCAGACCUUGGUGUUGCUCAAAUACCACUGAGAAAGGACAGCCAAAAUACUGAGGAUGAUGGCUCUUUGGAAGAACCCAUAAAAUCCUUCAGCAAAUCCCAGCGCUGGGCAGAGCCUGGAGAACCUGUGUGUGUUGUGUGUGGCCGCUAUGGGGAGUAUAUCUGCGAUAAAACAGAUGAAGAUGUUUGUAGUUUGGAAUGUAAAGCCAAGCACCUUCUACAAGCUCAAACAAAGGAAAAACAGCUAACAUCUGAUCAACCCACAGAUUCUCAAGCAGAAGCUCACCUGCUUAAUACACCUUACUUCUACAAAGAUCAUUCCUUUAUUUUAGGUUUGCAAGAUGAGCAGGUUGAGAACCUUAAACUCCAGCUAGGUAUUGCUGUCCAGGGCCAGCAAGUUCCAAGACCUAUUGUAGAGUUUGAACACUGUGGUUUUCCUGAAGCUUUAAACAAUAAUUUAAAGAACUCUGGCUAUGAAGUCCCAACUCCCAUCCAAAUGCAAAUGAUCCCUGUUGGACUAUUAGGGAGGGAUAUUCUGGCUAGUGCUGACACGGGCUCUGGAAAAACUGCAGCUUUCCUGCUUCCUGUUAUUAUGAAGGUUUUGAAAGAGACAGAAACUCCAUCUGCCCUUAUUUUGGCACCAACGAGGGAGUUGGCAAUUCAGAUCGAGAGGCAAGCGAAGGAGCUGAUGGCUGGGUUACCCAACAUGAGGACAGUUCUGUUGGUGGGGGGUCUGCCCCUGCCCCCGCAGCUGCACCGGCUCAAGCAGAGUGUGAAGGUGAUAAUAGCAACACCUGGAAGACUUCUUGAGAUUUUAAAGCAAAGUUCUGUUCAACUGCAUGGCAUAAGAAUUGUAGUGGUGGAUGAAGUGGACACCAUGCUAAAAAUGGGUUUCCAGCAGCAAGUAUUGGAUAUUUUGGAAGACAUCUCUCAUGAUCAUCAAACCAUACUGGUGUCAGCCACGAUUCCAGUGGGCAUUGAGCACUUGGCAAAUCAGCUUCUGCACAGUUUUGUCAGAAUAACAAUUGGAGAGAAGAAUCUGCCAUGUUCUAAUGUUCGGCAAAUUAUCUUGUGGGUAGAAGAACCAUCUAAAAAGAAAAAACUGUUUGAAAUACUAAAUGAUAAGAAGCUCUUCAAGCCUCCAGUGUUGGUGUUUGUGGACUGUAAACUAGGAGCAGAUCUUCUGAGUGAUGCUGUUCAUAAGAUUACGGGAUUACAGUGCGCAGCUAUGCAUUCUGAAAAGUCUCAGAUGGAAAGAACAGACAUAUUACAGGGAUUACUUCAAGAGAAGUAUGAAGUUAUAGUAAGUACUGGAGUCCUUGGACGAGGGCUUGACCUUGUCAAUGUCAAACUGGUGGUGAAUUUUGAUAUGCCUUCAAGUAUGGAUGAAUAUGUACACCAGGUUGGAAGAGCAGGGAGAUUGGGUCACAGUGGAACUGCAAUUACUUUUAUCAAUAACAACAGCAAGAAGCUCUUUUGGGAUGUUGUGAAGAGAGUAAAACCCACAGGCACCAUUCUCCCCCCACAGCUGCUUAAUUCCCCAUAUCUGCAUGACCAGAAGAGAAGGGAACAACAGAGACUUAAACAGUUACAGAACAGCCUUGUAACAGGAGAUAAUAUUAUGGACAUUAUUAAAAAACACAACAAAAAUAAUUCUCAGAGGUAAUAAAGGCAUAUUUAUAUAUUAUGUAAUUACAGUAAAGGUAUGAUUAAAAAUAAAUAUGAAAUGUUGCCUUGUAUAUUGCAUUUUUGAAUGAAAUUUGUACCUUUUUUUAAGAAGUCUCCUUUAAGUAUAAUUUUAUCUUGAAAUACAGACUAUUGUGUGCUUGAAUUACUGUAGUACCUAGUAAAAGUAUUCUGGAACUCUUUCAAAACCAGUAGUCUGUGGUCUUGCUGGCAAGAAAAAGAAAUGAGUGGCAGAUUAGCCUCUGAAAAUCUCUUCCUGUUAGCUUAAAUAAAGUCUUCCCCUGGGAAUGUUUCUACAAGUCCUCA